CACGUCACUCAGGCCGUGCCGGUUCCCAGGGAGCCGCCGCUUUGCAGCGUCUCCGGCAGGCGGAAAAGCUUCGCUUCUCACUCGGGGGCUGGGGACUGUGAUGUAGCUCGGGGCUGUCUGCUGCUCGGGGUGUUAAUGAUCCAAGGUGAUCGGCCGAGGGUAUCGCCUGGGUUUUUUUUCCCCAGUCUCCCCAUCUCUCUCCACAGGCUGCGGUAACCAGGCCGCCAUCUUGGAUGUGUUGGAAGUUCCCCCCAGGGGAUCCUUCACUAUGGUAGAUAAAGGCAUUUAUAUUGUGCAAGGUGAAAUAAAUAGUGUCGUUGGUGCUAUAAAGCGAAAUUCAAGAUGGACCACUCAUACUCCAUUGGAUGAAGAGCAAGAUCUACUUCUAAAUAGUUUCAACCAUCUUAAGGAAGUGUUGAACAACAUAUCAGACCUCUCAGAAAUAGAACCAAAUGUCUUCCUUCGACCUUUCCUGGAGGUGAUCAGAUCAGAAGAUACAACUGGACCUAUCACAGGGUUGGCACUGACAUCCGUUAACAAGUUUCUGUCAUAUGGAUUGAUCGAUCCUAGUCAUGAAGGUGCGGCAGAGGGAAUUGAAAACAUGGCUGAUGCUGUCACACAUGCACGCUUUGUUGGCACUGACCCAGCCAGUGACGAAGUUGUUCUAAUGAAAAUUUUGCAGGUCUUAAGAACGCUACUACUCACUCCUGUUGGUGCUCACCUAACAAAUGAGUCAGUCUGUGAAAUAAUGCAAUCAUGCUUUCGAAUAUGCUUUGAAAUGAGACUUAGUGAGUUAUUGAGGAAAUCUGCUGAGCACACACUGGUAGACAUGGUGCAGCUGCUGUUCUCAAGGUUACCUCAAUUUAAAGAAGAAGCCAAGAGUUUUGUGGGAGCCAGCAUGAAGAAGCUCAAAAUGAGAGCAGGAGGAAUGAGUGACUCGUCAAAGUGGAAAAAGCAGAAGAAAUCUCCACGACCAUCUCGUCACGCAAACAAGCUUCCCCUUGCGUCAGAGCAACCGUCAGUGCCGGGCCAGGUUUUGCACAGUUCAAUAGGUUCUGUACCUCAGCUCUUAAACAAUCAACCAGGUGAAGUACCCUUCCUGGAACAUUCAGUUGUAUCUGCAAGCAGCGCAGCUUCCACUUCAACCACUCUUUCUGAAAAUGCGUCCACUGUCUCGAGCCCUACCACAGACAGUGGUAUGGAACUUUCUUCAAAGACAACAUCAAAAGAAGACCUUACUGAUCUUGACCAGGUCAAUUCUACAGGCAUCACUCCAGCAAACACCCCUUCCAGUGAGCCUGGCGAAGAGAAAGUCUUAGAAUCGCAAGCCCAACAAGAGUCUCAGAAGGGUGGAGGAGUAGAAGGCUUUUUACCUAAGGAAGAGAAGGCUCAAUCAACAUCAGUGGAAUCUAUUCCAGAAGUAUUAGAAGACCGGGACUCCCUUACAGAAACGUCUGAUACUGCUUCAAUCCAUGAAGUACAUGAUAUGGACUAUGUUAACCCUCGUGGGGUUAGGUUUACACAGUCAACACAGAAGGAAGGUGCAGCUCUGGUUCCGUAUGGCUUGCCUUGUAUACGGGAGCUAUUCCGGUUCCUUAUAUCCCUCACCAAUCCACAUGACCGCCACAACUCUGAUGUGAUGAUUCAUAUGGGUUUGCAGUUGCUAACUAUAGCACUGGAAUCGGCGCACAUUGCCAACUAUACAUCUUUGCUUGGUCUCGUUAAAGAUGAACUCUGUCGGCACCUGUUUCAGCUAUUAAUUGUGGAGCGUCUUAAUUUGUAUGCCACUUCUCUCCGGCUAUGCUUCCUUUUAUUUGAAAGUAUGAGGGAACAUCUUAAGUUUCAACUUGAGAUGUAUUUGAAAAAGCUAAUGGAAUUGGUCACCUCGGAAAAUCCGAAAAUGCCAUAUGAAAUGAAAGAGGUGGCUUUGGAGGCACUAGUUCAACUAUGGCGAAUCCCAAGCUUUGCCACAGAACUGUACAUCAACUUUGAUUGUGAUUUCUACUGUUGUAAUCUCUUUGAAGAUCUUACCAAACUCCUUUCCAAGAAUGCUUUUCCUGUCUCUGGACAACUGUACACCACUCACUUGUUAUCACUUGAGGCUUUAUUAACAGUUAUUGACAGCACUGAGGCUCACUGUCAAGCCCAGGUUCUCAAUAAUACUUUACAACAGGACAAAAGAGAUGGAAGCACUCCGGUACUAGAAAUGAAUGAUGGCAAAGGCAUCACAAAUGGUAUUGAAAAGAUUGGGACUAGUGGCAGCGCACCUCCUUUGGAUGUGGAAACGUCGCUACCUCACCCCCCGACCAGUGGCCACCUUAUGGCUCAGAAAAUGAAACUGGGACGGCAGGUUGCAGAGGAAGGUGGAACAGUAGAGAAGAGGGUUCCCAAGAAACCAACUCGAUUUUCUUCUUUCCUACCAAGUCCUCAAGAACUAUCGGAAAUUAAAAGUAAGAAGAAGUUGCUUAUUACUGGAACAGAGCAGUUCAACCAGAAACCAAAAAAAGGCAUUCAGUUCCUUCAGGAGAAGGGCCUGCUCGCAUCCCCCAUGGACAACAGUGAAGUAGCUCAGUGGCUCAGGGAAAAUCCACGAUUGGACAAAAAAAUGAUUGGCGAGUUUAUCAGUGAUCGGAAAAGUAUGGAACUCCUGGACAGUUUUGUUGGGACGUUUACUUUCCAAGGAUUGAGAGUUGAUGAAGCAUUGCGUUCCUACCUAGAAGCCUUCAGACUCCCUGGUGAAGCUCCUGUCAUUCACAGAUUAUUAGAAGUCUUCACAGAUCACUGGCAUAAAAUUAAUGGCACACCAUUUUCCAACAAUGAUGCCUGCUUUGCACUUGCCUAUGCUGUAAUAAUGCUCAAUACAGACCAGCACAAUCACAAUGUUCGUAAGCAAAAUGUGCCAAUGACAUCAGAGCAAUUCAAAAAGAAUUUGAAAGGAGUCAAUGGCUCUAAAGAUUUUGACCAAGAUAUGUUAGAGGACAUCUAUAAUGCAAUCAAGAACGAUGAGAUUGUGAUGCCAGAGGAACAAACUGGUUUUGUGAAAGAGAACUAUAUAUGGAAUGUACUUUUGAAUCGUGGGAGCUCAUCAGAAGGCAUUUUCCUCCAUGUACCUCCUGGAAGCUACGAUCAUGACUUAUUCACCAUGACUUGGGGUCCGACCAUAGCUGCACUUUCUUAUGUUUUCGACAAGAGCUUAGAUGAAACUAUAAUACAGAAGGCAAUAUCCGGUUUUAGAAAAUGUGCAAUGAUCUCGGCUCAUUAUGGACUAAGUGAUGUGUUUGACAACCUUAUCAUUUCCCUGUGCAAAUUUACGGCUCUUAGCAGUGAGACUGUAGAGAAUCUUCCAAAUGUUUUUGGUAGCAAUGCAAAGGCUCAACUUGCAGCCAAGACGGUGUUUAAUUUGUCACAUCGUCAUGGUGACAUUCUUAGAGAGGGGUGGAAGAACAUUAUGGAUGCAAUGCUGCAGCUUUUCCGUGCUGAGCUUUUGCCCAAAGCCAUGGUGGAGGUCGAAGACUUUGUUGAACCCAAUGGGAAAAUCUCUCUCCAGCGUGAAGAAACCCCCUCAAAUCGUGGUGAGUCCACAGUCUUGAGCUUUGUUAGUUGGCUCACAUUAAGUGGUAAUGAGCAAUCCAGCCUGAGGGGACCCUCUGUAGAGAAUGAAGAGGCCAAACAAGCAGCUCUGGAAUGCAUUAAGCAAUGUGAUCCUGAGAAGCUGAUUACUGAGAGCAAAUUCCUUCAGCUUGAGUCUCUUCAGGAACUGAUGAAGGCGCUCAUUUCCGUGACACCGGACGAGGAGACCUAUGAUGAAGAAGAUGCGGCGUUUUGCUUAGAAAUGCUGCUACGGAUAGUGCUGGAAAACAGAGAUCGUGUUUCCUGUGUCUGGCAGACUGUACGAGACCACCUCUAUCAUUUGACUGUUCAUGCCACAGAACAGUGUUUCCUUGUUGAAAGAGCGGUUGUUGGUCUGCUUCGCCUGGCGAUACGGUUACUACGCAGAGAGGAGAUCAGUCCACAGGUGCUUCUCUCCCUGAGAGUUCUCCUCAUGAUGAAACCAGUUGUCUUGUCAAGAGUGAGCCGACAAAUUGCAUAUGGCCUACAUGAGCUGUUGAAGACCAAUGCUGCCAAUAUUCACUCCAGUGAUGACUGGUGUACCUUGUUUACUCUCUUAGAAUGUAUUGGUGCAGGAGUCAAACCUCCACCUGCUCUGCAGAUAACAUCUGGAGUCGAUAGCCAUGAUGCAGGUGCACAGUCUGAUAGUGAAAUUGCAUCUUACCAUCCCAGUGAAGUUAGUUUAGAUCGUGGCUACACCUCGGACUCUGAAGUGUACACUGAGCAUGGCAAGCAGACUAAGGUACACCGUUCCAUCACUGAUGUUGACGUUGCCAGUAGUGGCUGGCUGGUGGUGGGGAAAGAUGAUUUAGAUGCCAGCAAACCUUCUGGUCAAGGCACAAAGCAGGGUCCUUCUCCUCUGGUCAAUCAGUACAGCCUAACCCUCGGGCAGGAUAUGGGCUCGCAUGAUACCAAGUCGCUCAUCAAGUGUGUGGAGUCGUUGUCAUUUAUUGUGAGGGAUGCUGCCCAUGUGACACCCGAAAACUUUGAACUCUGUGUAAAAACGAUUCGUAUCUUUGUCGAAGCAAAUCUGAAUGGUGGUUACAAAACACAUGAAAGAAAAUCUAAAACAUAUAAGUUCGACAAAUCCAACCGACUGAAAAAGAAACAAAAGGAGAAGGAAAGUUCCAUGAAGCGCUCAAAGACUUUUAACCAUCGUCCGUCAAGAUCACAUAGUGAUGAUGAUGAGGAUGACAGUGUACCAGCAAGUUACCACACUGUGUCAUUACAGGUUAGUCAGGAUCUUCUCGAUUUGAUGCACACACUCCACACUAGAGCUGCCAGUAUUUAUAGCUCGUGGGCUGAGGAACAACGCCACCUAGAGUCAGCAGGAAGGAAAAUUGAAGCUGAUGCCAGAACCUUGUGGGCUAACUGCUGGUGUCCACUAUUGCAAGGCAUUGCUUGGCUUUGUUGUGAUGCCAGGCGUCAAGUCAGAAUGCAAGCACUCACUUACCUACAGAGGGCAUUAUUAGUGCAUGAUCUGCAAACACUGGAUGCUUUAGAAUGGGAAUCCUGCUUUAACAAGGUGUUGUUCCCACUAUUGACCAAGCUGUUGGAGAACAUCAGCCCAGCUGAUGUUGGAGGAAUGGAAGAGACCAGAAUGAGAGCUUCAACUCUGCUUUGCAAAGUUUUCCUCCAACACUUGUCUCCACUGUUAUCUCUGCCAACAUUUGCUGCCCUUUGGUUAACGAUCCUGGACUUCAUGGAUAAAUACAUGCAUGCAGGAUCCAGUGACUUACUGUUGGAAGCAAUUCCAGAAUCGUUGAAGAACAUGCUUCUGGUUAUGGAUACAGCUGGUAUUUUCCAUUGUGCUGAGUCAAGGAGUGGUUAUUCCCAGCUUUGGGAGAUUACGUGGGAAAGAAUAGAUUGUUUCUUGCCUCAGCUGAAGGAUGAACUCUUCAAACAAACUGUUAUUCAAGAUCCUGUCCUUGGUCCAGCAGUUGAGCCAUCUUCUCCAAAUUUAAUGCAGCAGGUUAGCAGUGCACAAACAUCUACAGUCCCAGGUUCAGAAGCAAACCCAUCCACCAGUCAAGUAACUGCAUCAGAAAACCUUGCCGAGGCUAGUGCCAAAGAAACUGAAAACGUACGACUUGGAGGAACUCCCAGCCUUACUCCAGUAACAACUCCGAUCUCUACACCAGUGAAGAUGAGUGUUGGGCCAGAAAGUAAUCAGUCACUUGCUCAGUCUCCAUUAAUUCUGCAACCUCUUACUUCAUCACUGCAAGUUGGUGUUCCAUCCAUGCCUUUGCCUAUCAUACUUAAUCCAGCUUUAAUUGAAGCUACAUCUCCUGUUCCACUGUUGUCCACGCCCAGGCCUGCUACCACCUCCACUGCAUCAGAGGUGAACUAAUAGGUCAAGGCUGGCCAAGAACCAAUUCUUUUAAUACAUAUUUCUGUGAAUUGUCUGUGCUUUUCGCACACCCAGCAAUUGUUUUGUAGGCACACUAUUAUGAGUCACUUCCUUUUGUCCACAUUUGUAUUACAGUUCACCUAUUUUAAACCAAUCAUCAAACACUAGCUGGGUGUGCGAUUUGUAUUAAACAAGAUGCAUCCACCAACAUAGCGUACUGCUCCACAAAUAGCAUUGCAGCUGUUCUUACCUACUACUGUAAGAACCAUUUAAUUUUCAAACAUCCUAGAAGUGGAAUGUUGAAGAUGUAAAAGAACUGCAGUGUAUUGUACCACAGAUGUCUGUUCCAGUUAUCCGUUUCUAAAAUACUGUAUGAGCCAUGUUAUAAUUUGCAAGUGAACUAUUCAUCUCGGCUGUAAUGUUCUGCCCCCACAACUAAUCACUGGAUUGACUUUCCUUACAAACCAGAAGAUGCACAUUGUUUUAAAAUAUCUUUUGAAUCCUACCUUUGUGUUGUAGCUCCUUAUGCCAUAGUGGCUGAUCUGUUAUAACUAAUUUAAUGGUACAACAGGACUCUGCAUUACCAUUCUUUUGGAUGGUUAAUCAGAGAGUUUUGCUGUAAUAAAAUUCAAGAUGGUUUUUGAGGAAAUUUGUGACAAUGAUUGAAUUAAACUAUUUCUAAUUGUGAAGUCUAUACUCAAUAGCACCAUUUAGUGUAGUUUACUUCCUUUUUCAAGGCAUGACCCACAUUCCCCACCCCUCUCCAUUUCAAAUGCUAAUUUACUUCCUUUCAAUUAGCAACACUCUUGAUUAUUUUAGCCUUUUUCCCAGCCUUGUUAUCUACAAUCUCUACACCGUACACUGUCAACAAAUGUCUGGGUUCCGAAUUGCAGUAAAGAUUCACUUCUAUCCUUAUUAGUUCCAUAAAUUUUUAAAUAUGAAGUGCUAGUGGAUAUGUUAAGCCUUGCUUUACAUGCCUGCCCUCAGUUCCCUUGCCAUGCUGGUAUCCAAGAUUAGCCAUAAAUGACCUAACAUUGAUUACUAUAGGCAUGAAAGGCCAAAGCUUGUGUAAUUUGAGACCAACAGAAUCUAUAUUUAAAAGUCCUUACGUUACUUUGUUCCAGAUUUUGUACAUUUGUCUGAUUUUAAUUUAAUGGUAAUGUGUGGGAAAUGUCAGCAGGAUCUUCUGUAUCUGCAAACUUUCAUGAUCUGUUCCACUGUACUGUAAGGAUGGUUAAGAACAGUAAACACAUAAACAAUGUAUAUAAAUGAAGAAAGGUAAAACAAUUUAAAUGUACUUUUUACAGAGUAAUAAAUAUCAAAUGUAAAGAAA